AUGCCGGGAUUGAAGCGAGAUAUUGGUCGCGUACGGCACUGCAUACAAGUUGUUUGUAUACUGCUUGUUCUGAGCAUUACUUUUGUGCUUCUUGAUGCAAAGUUCCGCUGGGAUCUGAAGAUUCCAGACUCAUUGCAGACCUCGAGUACGACUCACAACGCAAGCUAUGGUGAUGCGAUCUCACCAUUGAAUAUCCAGCUGCAUCCCGAAAAUCACGCCUCACGAGAAUCAGAUACCCUCACGUACAAAUGGCAAAUCACCUCAGCUGUACAAAGUCCUGAUGGUGUUGAGAAACUGAUUUACCUGAUCAAUGGACAGUUUCCAGGACCAACGAUUGAGGCUCGCUCAGGCGAUCGCAUAGUAGUCGAAGUCGAGAACGCACUGGACGCAUCACACACCGCAGUCCAUUGGCAUGGUCUCCAAAUGAGAAAUGCUAAUGCCAUGGACGGUGCUGUCGGUAUUACUCAAGCUUCGAUAGCACCAGGAGAGACAUACACUUACAAUUUCACCAUUGGACCAUCCGAGUACGGCACUUUUUGGUAUCACGCACAUGAUCAGAUCCAGAGAGCAGAUGGACUGUAUGGCGGCCUGGUCAUUCACAAACCUUGGUCGAAAAGCCCCAGGCGCAGCAUCGGCUCGAUGAUACCAGAACAGCUCCUAUUGGUUGGUGACUGGUAUCAUCGCUCUGCUGAGGAAGUUUUGGCAACAUAUAUGAGCUCUGGAUCUUUUGGUAACGAGCCAGUACCAGACUCAAUGGUACUCAACGGAAUCGGUUCAUAUGACUGCUCAAUGGCGGUUCCUGCACGGCCUAUUGUAUGCACUUCUGUUGAGCGUCCUUCUUUGUCCCUUCCAACCACCGGCAGAACAAGGCUUCGAGUAGUGAAUGUUGGGUCCUUCGCUGGCAUUGAGCUGAACUUUCCAGGACAUGAAAUGGCAAUAUCAGAGGUCGAUGGUGGACAUCAAGUCACCACCACAGAGCUUGAUAAGAUCGAGGAAGUUAUCUGGCCCGGGCAGAGAGCUGAUUAUUGUGUCUCGCCUAGCUUUCUAGAAGUUGACAAUUUGACGCUAAGAAUCACUUUGAGUCAUGAAAAUUUCAAAUACACAAACCCUGCACUGUCCACAACGCAUGAGUUUGCGAUUCGGCCAGAUCUCCCGAACACGAGCUCACGAUCUGAGAGGCGUCAAGCUCGCAGUGAUCCGGUCGAGAAUGACUCCCGGAGGAGAUCUGUCGCUCACGAAGUCGACCAGACUAUCGUGCUGUACUCGAAAACAUCGAAGCUUUCUCACCUUGCAAAUGUCCCGCAUGGUUUCGUAAACCAUACCUCGUGGGCACCUCAAAAUCUUCCUCUGGUCACAGUGGACCGAUCGCAGUGGGACAACAACCAGCUUGUUCCCCACGUACCCUACGAUAAAUCACGACCGCUUUGGAUUGAUAUCGUCUUGAACAACCUCGACGAGGACAGUCACUCGUGGCACCUCCAUGGCUACAACUUCUAUGUCUUGGCUUCACACAGUGCGGAUUUUGGUUGGGGCUCAUACAAUCCGUAUGUGGACAUCGAACCACCAGGGGGCCCGUUGAACCUGAGUGACCCGCCGAUGCGUGACACUGUCUACGUUCCGCGUCGGGGCUAUGUGGUUCUCCGCUUCCAAGCGGACAAUCCGGGCAUAUGGAUGUUCCACUGCCAUAUGUUGUGGCAUCAAGCAAGCGGAAUGGCUCUGGCGCUCGAAGUAGGAGAUGGAUCUUUGUAG